AUGAAAACUACAAAGGUAAAAAAAGUGAACAAGAUGGAUUAUAGUGAAGAUGAAACUGAUCCUAUAAGUGAAGAUCUGGAUAGCAAAAAAGAAAAUAAUCGUAAAAAACCAACAAGAAUGAAAAGGAAUUUGAAGAAAGGUAUAGAAUUGAAAGAAGUGAAGAGGAAAGUGUUACAGAAUGAGUCUAUGAACGAAGACAGUACUUCAAACUCUGAAAUAGAGAUGACAGAUUUACGCGAAGACGAUGACACGGAUUUAGACGAUGUCGGGAACAGAUGCAAAAAGGAGCUUCUACAUAGUUACUAA